AUGGACGUUUAUUUUGAGCCCCUUGUCUAUGAUCUGCUUGAUAUGUUUAUUAAUGGUGUGAAGACCUAUGAUGCCUCAAAGGGUGAAUACUUUCAGUUGCGUGCUGCAAUAAUUUGGACCAUCACUGAUUUCCCUGGUCUAGGCAGUGUAUCCGGAUUUGUCACCUCUGGUCAAGCAGCGUGUCCUGAUUGCCACUCAUUGAUUUGUUCUCUCAGACUUGGAAAUGGUAGCAAGUCUUGCUACAUGGGACAUCGUAGGUUCUUACAUCCAAACCACCCAUUUAGGUCUGAUGUUGAUUCAUUUGGUGAAAGUGAGUUGAGGCCAGCACCUACUCCUCUUUCAGGAGAGGAAAUUUUGGAUUGUACAAAAAAUUUGAAAACAAUUUAUGGCAAGAAGCCAUCAGGUAAGCCAAUAAGGAAUCAGAAACGCAAGGAUGGGAAACCAUUAGUCUUUUUGAAAAGGAGACCUAUUUGGUUCACUCUUCCAUAUUGGAAGGACUUGAAAAUUCGAUAUAAUUUUGAUGUCAUGCACAUAGAGAAGAAUGUGUGUGAAAAUAUAAUUAAUACUUUGUUGGACAUUGCUGGAAAAUCUAAGGAUAAUCUGAAUGCUCGCUUGGAUCUUCAAGCUUUAGGUAUUAGAAGCGACCUUCAUCCUAUUGAACUAGAAGCUAAUCAAUUUUAUUUGCCUCCUGCACCCUACUCAAUGAGCUCUGUUGAGAAGAAAUUGUUUUGUCAAGUAUUAAAAGGGGUCAAGUUUCCUGAUGGAUAUGCCGCUGAUAUACGACAUAAUGUUCUUGUCAAUGAAAAAAAGAUAGUUAAUCUUAAUACUCAUGGCAACCACAUUCUUCUACAAGAUUUACUGCCACUUGCUGUCCGGAGAGUUCUCCCUCAAGAAGUUAGUGCUGUGCUGAUUCGUUUAAGCACGUUCUUUAGAAAAUUGUACUCUCCUGUUAUUCGAAUAAGUGACAUGCAAAGGUUAGAAUCUGAGAUAGCUGAAAUCUUGAGCCUUUUAGAGAUUAUUUUCCCUCCAUCAUUUUUUACCAUUAAUGUACAUUUGAUGGUACAUCUUCCUACCCAAGCAAGAGUGGCAGGCCCAAUCCAUUUUCGAAGCAUGUGGCCGGUGGAGAGGUUUCUAAAAAAAUGCAAGGGCUAUGUGCGUACAAAAAGUCACCCGGAAGGAUCAAUUAUGGAGGGUUCUUUGUUUGAUGAGGCUCUCACGCUUUGUUCUCGGUAUUUACAAGAUGAGACCCACUUCAACCAUAGAGUUAGAAAUCGCUUACCAACACAAAUUUGUGUUACAACUCCAUUCUUUCACAAAAUUGGUCGAGCAUUGGCUGGAAAGUGUGUUGUCAAUUUAGAUCACAAGACAUGGCUUCAAGCACAUAGAUAUGUCCUUUUCAACUAUUCCAACAUAGAACCAUAUUUAAACAAACAUGCUCAAUACCUCUCCUCAAUUGGUGUUCGAAAUCAGCGUGCGACCAACCACAUGCAACAUAAAACCUUCCAUGAGUGGUUCAGGUUACAUGUUGAGGAAACAUGUGAGGAGGCCUCAGAAGAGAUCAAAAUUUUAGCUAAGGGACCAAUGAUGAUUGCACAUCAGUAUAACAGCUACUCAAUAAAUGGAUUCAACUUCCGUACACAGUCAUAUGAUGAGAAUAGAACAGAUAUAGAUGGUGUCAUUGUUAGUGGAGUAAAACAAGGAAAAAAAUCUAGAAAGAAAAAAAAUGGCAAGCGCAAGAGAAAGCAAUAA